GUUUUUUAUAUCUAACUAAAAAGUAGUAUUUGUUUUAGAAUCAGUUUCUCUAAAACAAUUUUAGAAUUUCAAACUAGCUAGUUAGACAAAUUAAAUAUGAAUGAAAAUAAAUCAUUAGAAUGUUUGCUCAAUGUGAAAGGUUUGAAGGGAAAUUUUAGGAAAGCAAUUUAUCUCAAUUAUUUUGUUGUUUUUGAUAGCAUUGUUAUGGUUAGAAGAGGGAUUAUUUAUGCAAUUAGUUGGGAAUUAAACCGCAUUAUUAUAAUAAAUAUAAAAAACAGAAAGAUAAUCAAGUAAAUUCAAUUGCAUAAUGUGAUGGAAAUAAGGAUAAUUACUUCAAGAUAUUCCUUACUAACAACCCACAAUAAAAUACUAUUUGUGAAAGAUAUAGAUUUAAAUUAUGAAAUAGUUAAUGAAGUAGAUAUUGAAUAUACUAAAUAUUCAAUAUUUCCUUUACUAAAGUGUAUGUUUUGCAUUUACUAUAAGGGAUCUUAGCUAAUCCAAAUGUAUUCUUAAUUUGAUUUGGUAUGCUCCAUUAACGUAAAGCAUAAACAAGUUGUUUCAAUGGUUUGGCCUCUAAAAAUGCAUCCUGAAUUGAUAGCAAUUUAUGAUUCACAAGAAAUAGAAGUAAUAAACUGGAAACUGAAUUAGUAAAUAUUUAAAGUUGAUAAUCUUAGAGUAUAAAACCCAAAAAAAUCAAUAAUGUGCUGUAUUGAUUCAAGCCAGUAUCUUAUAAGCUCAUAAAGUGGAAUGAAUAUUUUAAAUAUUCUUGAGUAUGAUGGCUAUCCUAAAAAGGAGUAUUGGCCUCGUCCGUGCAUGAACGCUUAGUUUAUUAGCAUUAUUCUUUUUAAUGAAAAAUAUUUAAUAGGAUCAUUCUUAAAUGAAUACUAAGACUACUUUUUAUAUGUUUUAGAGAAAGAAUCGAACUAAAUUUCUUUGAUUCAAGUUGUAUCAGAUUACUAUUUAAUUAGAAUUAACAAUAAUAGUUUCCUUGCUACUUUUUCACAUUAUGACAGUACCAAAUUUUUGAUAUGGAAAUGAGAUAAACAUAAAUCAGACUAUUUUAAAAUUUCCAAUAAUAAAAUAUUUAAAAUAAAAAUAACUUUAUAAUAUUAAAUUAAUAAUUAUUCAUUCAUUUUCAAUCUUUAAACUUACUUUUAUUUGUAUAUAUAAUAUAUAUUUUGUCUCUUCCUUAUUUUCAAAAAUUACACA